AUGUUACGCUCAUUGCUGUCCAUCGCCCGCGGCUCCGAGCCCAAUUAUGUUUUCCCCAAAGUGAAUCCCGAGAAAGACGGGCCAGACUGUCUGAAAGAUUGCGCGGAUUGCACGAUACAGUUUCCAGCGAAAGUGAAAAUUGAAAAUUCCAUGCCACUAUACGGUCACAUCAAGGAGUUUCACUCGCACGUCUUGGUCGCGACGGGGCAGUCUGACUGGAAAGAGAAGAUUGGACAAGUGAGGGGAAGUUUAAUGGAGGCCUUUGAGGAUUCUUCGGCAAAGUCAAAACGAGGUCGCUACAUGGUGUCUGCAUCCAAUAUUCAGCCACCCGAUCACCUUGGCAAGGAGAUUGAGGCCGACCAACCCACAACGGUUCUAAUCUUGCCCUCGUUCACAUUUGUGGAUUCCGUCUCUCAGGCAGAUGUUCCCAACUUGGUUCACCAAUUCAUCGACAGUCCCGUCGACGGAAGUAAUGGCGCUGGCCAAAAUAGUCACGAGGCAGGAAUGACCACGCGGCCAUGCGAGCUCGACUAUGUGGUUCUACUCUGUUCGCAUAAGCGACGAGACGCACGCUGCGGCAUUACAGCUCCUUUGAUUAAACGCGAACUCGAGCGUCACCUUCGCCCUCUGGGAUUGGAUCGCGAUGCUGAUGACUCGCGGCCUGGCGGCGCGGGUAUCUAUUUCGUAUCCCAUGUCGGGGGGCACAAAUUCUCUGCUAACGUGCUUAUUUAUCGGAAAAAAGAUCAGCAGAUGAUUUGGUUGGCGCGUGUAAGACCUGAACAUUGUGAGGGAAUUGUGAAAUACACGAUACUCCAAGGGAAGGUGGUGCACCCCGAAACGCAGCUUCGGGGCGGUUUCGAUCGAGUACGGGGGUUGACGAGCUGGUGA